UGUGUGUGUGUGUGUGUGUGUGUGGAGGUGUCCCGUCUGAUCGGGGUAUAAGAAGAGGAAACUCCUCCUCAGCUGUCAGCAUCAGUAAAGGUUGGGCAGCUGAUGUGUGUGUCUGUUUGAGUGUCUUGUUUGUGGUCAUGGCUCUGUUCAUGGACUCAGAUUUCUCUUUACUCAAGCAGAACCAGCAGACAGACAUGAUGGAUUUUAAGGCCAUAUUUGGAGAACAGGAUCAUUGUAGAGAUGUGCGCAGUGAGGACGCCGUGUCCUCUCCGGAGCCGGACAGAGCCGCUGGUCUGAUGGAGGGUCAGAGGAAGAGGAAGAGGACCAUCUUCAGCCGAGCCCAGCUGUCGGAGCUGGAGCAGGCCUUCGCUGUGACUCCCUACCCGGACAUCACCCUGAGGGAGAGGCUGGCCGCGCACACUCACCUGCCCGAGAGCAAGAUACAGGUGUGGUUCCAAAACAGACGAGCCAGAAGCAUCAAGACAGGCAGACUACCCAAGUCCACCAAGCCUGUCCUUGGAGGUAGAGGGGCUGCGGAGCCCUCCACUGGACCCAUGACCUCCACCUUUCCCGCCCCGACCACCCUGCAGGACAUAUUCAGGCAAGAGCAGAACCACCACUCUGAGGAUGUCCCACAAAUUUACUCUGACUGGAUCCAAAUCUACAGCAACCCUGUGUCAUCGCCACCAUGCUCCUCAUCAGCCCACCAUCAGCCAACACUGGGCUCCUCCAAAGCUUCAGAGUCUCGCCUCUGGGAGGAGGAGCACCACCACCGGCAGCAGCACUUGGGACCAGCACUCCCAGGUUUUCUUCCCAGUUCAUAUUCCCAGCCCGUCACCAGGCAGUCUCACCCCUCUGUCCCGGCCCGCUCCUAUCAGGCUUUCAGGAACUUCAAGACCCAGAGCUUGGUUCCACCUGGGGCUCAUCAGGCUAUGUGCGGAGGCAGCACUGGCGGUGGAGGUCAUGCCUCUGUGGACCAGGUAGUCCCCUCUCACCCUCAGCCGGUGUACUGGGAGGUAACUCAGGGACAAGGACAUCACCACCACCACCAUCAUCACCACCCACAAAUGGGCCCACAGACCUCCAUGGGAUACAUCUCAGACCUGAUCUACAACGCUGCUAUUGUCACCAACUUUCUUGAAUUCUGAUGAGCUUGGAUCUGGAGCGUUAUCUGUGGGAAGUGUUAAAACCAGCUGCUGUUUCCAUCACAGAGCUCAUUUCUGUCACAUUCCCUCGUAUCUAACUUAACAACAUGUUCUGUGUCUCAGUCUGUCCUGUGUGUCACUGGAGGUGAUUAUACAUGAAACCUGUAACAUAUAUUUUAUAUAUAUUUAUAUAUAUAUAUAUAUAUAUUUAUAUACAUGUAGCAUUGUUCAGUUGUUGUUGUUGUUGGUUUGUCCUUGUAAUUUGUUUUCAACAGUGUGUUGCAUAUUUUAGGGAAUAAACUGGUGUAUUUAAUCCCA